AUGGCCUCCUCUGACCCCCCUCGCAAAACCAUCGUCAUCAUCGGAUCCGGCGUCAUCGGCCUGACCGUCGCGCACGUCCUCACCUCCCUCCCCGCCAACCCGUACAAUGUCACCGUCGUCGCGCGGGACACGCUAGAUGACAUGCACUCGCAGGCGUGGGCGAGUCCCUGGGCUGGUGCGAAUUGGUCCCCGAUAGGGGAUUAUGACGAGCGGAAGUACAAGUGGGAGAGCCGGACUUUCGGCCAUUCAACCAAACUGGCGCAGGAACUCCCAACCCGCGCGUACUUCGCCGACCCCAAAGAACUCGACAAAAUCUGGUACAAAGACAUCUGCCGGGACUUCCGCGUGAUGCCCUCCACCGCCCCCCUCCCGCUGAACAUGCAAGCCGGCAUCACAUUCACCACCGUCAGCCUCAACCCGCUCGUCUACCUCCCCUGGCUCCACUCCGAGCUCUCCGCGCGCGGCGUCCGCUUCGUGCGCCGCGCGCUCGAGAGCGUGUACGAGGCCGCGCUCAUCGGCGGGCCCGGCUGUAUUGUGGUUAACGCCACCGGGAUGGGCGCGCGCUCGCUGAUCGGCGUGGAGGACACCAAGUGCUACCCCAUCCGCGGGCAGACGACCGUAGUCUCCGCCCCCGGCGUCACCGAAUGCGUCGAAGUCGUCUCAGGCGCGUCAGCCCCCUCCUACCUCGACCCCACCACCUCCACGGGCCACGCAACCUACCUCAUCCCGCGCCCCUCCCCCGCGGGGACCGUCCUCCUCGGCGGCACCUUCCAGCCGCACAACUGGGACACCUCGCUCUCCGUCCCGACCGCGCAGGGCAUCCUCGCGCGGUGCGCAGAGCUCGCGCCCGCGCUGCGCGGCCCCGGGGUGCAGGUGCUGUACCACGGCGUCGGGCUGCGGCCGGCGAGGGAGGGCGGGGCGAGGGUCGAGGCGGAGUGGGUGGAGGUGCCCCCGGAGGAGGAGAGAGGGGGAGGGCUGGUGCCGAAGAGGGCGGAGCUUGGGGAGGUGGGGAGGGUGAGGGUCGUGCAUGCGUAUGGGUUUGGGCCGGCGGGGUAUCAGAGCUCGUGGGGUGCCGCGGAGGAGGUGGUUGAGUUGAUACAGUCCUCAUAAAGAAAUGAAUUCAUGAAGCGAACCUUCACGCCUGAAUGACCCUAGAAGCUCGUACUGUACGUAGGGAUCACUACCUCAAUCCUUACAGAGCGGC